AUGACCGAAGAUGAGAAGACAAAGGGCAAGAAGAAGGUCCUCCAGCUGGACCCGGAAACGGCGGCCGUCUUUCGGAAGAAGGGCUACGAGGUGAAGAACUUUCUCAGCAAUGGCGCCUUCGGAGAGGUGUACGAGGGCGAGGUGAAGGAGACCAAGCAGCGGGUGGCCAUCAAGUGCAUGAACCUCGACAAGGCGGGCAAGACCAUCGAGGACACCUACUUCCCGCGGGAGAAGGAGGCGCUGAUCAGGGUGGAGCACGAGCACGUCAUCCAGGUGCUGGACAUCUGGCGGGCGAACCGCGUCAUCUACGUGGUGAUGGAGUUCGCCGAGGACGGCGACAUCCGCGGCUACCUCAAGUCCCGCGGGCCCUGUCCCGAGUCGCUGGCCGCCUGGUGGUUCGAGCAGAUCAAGGAGAUCGCCCCGCUGGCGACCAUGUCACCGGAGAAUCGACGCUUCUUCCAGGAGGACAUCAGGAUCGCCCGCGAGUACAACGAGAAGAGCCGCGGCAGCACCAGCGGCAACCUCGGCGAGGACGUGCUCAAGGAGUGGGCGCAAAUCGCCGGCCUGGACAAGGACGACCUGCUGAAGCCCGAGUCGCGGGCGGUCCGGCUGCAAACGCUGGCCGACAUUGCCAAGGACGUCCAGGCGGACGCCGUCUACCAGACCGUCACACGAGGCAUCUCCAACCACGGACCGACGGCG